UUCGAAGGGAGGCAACCAAAGCUAAUUGUAGAGAAUAAUAUGAGUGGAAAUAAUCAAAAUGAAAUGAACAAUGAAGCAAAUUGAAAAUAUGAAAAAUAGUAGGAUUGUAAAUAUUUGAAAGGAAACAUACUUUAAAUGAAUCUAUAAAAAUGGCAGCACUUAUAGAAUAAUGUUUGAAAAAGCCCAUGCAGCAAACCUGCAACUGACACAAUGAAUCGUUAAACGGGGAAUAGAGAAGAAAAAGUCAGACAUUAACGAAAAGGAGGAAAGCGAUCAGUUUACAGACUAGUUUCUUGGAGGAAGGACGGAAUUUUGAACGUAACGAAAAAAUUGAUUCCUGAAAGAAAGGACGCUGUCCUGAAGUGUAAAAUAAAAUGAAGAGAAAAAACGAGUGGAUCGGAAAAUAAAUGGAUCGGUCUCGACAAUGGCGCAGUCGGUUCGACGAACCGGAACUGAAGUCUCUGGCCCAACAACAUUCGAAUCUACAUAUUCUCCAAAUCGAUCUCCGUGAGGUGGAGCAGUACGACCAGUUCGCCCAGCAGGUGGAAACCAUCGUCCGCGAUAACGGACUGAACGUGCUGUUCAACAAUGCCGGCAUAUCGCCCAAAUCGACGCGGCUUAACUUUGUCAAGAGCGAGGACCUGGUCGAUACCUUCGUGACCAACACCGUGGCACCGAUAAUGCUGACCAAGGCACUGGUACCACUGCUUAAGAAAGCAGCCGAAACGAACGCCUCGGCUCCGAUUGGGCCCCAAAAGGCGUGCAUCGUCAACAUGAGCUCGAUUUUGGGGUCCAUCGAGGCCAACUCCGAUGGGGGCCUCUAUGGGUAUCGAACAUCGAAGGCGGCACUCAAUGCGGCCACCAAGUCGAUGAGCUUGGAUCUGAAGCCGAAUCAGAUUAUGGCGGUCGCCAUGCAUCCCGGCUGGGUUCGCACCGAUAUGGGUGGGUCCAAGGCGCCGCUCUCGGUGGAGCAGAGCUGCAAGGGCAUGGUUAAGACGGUGCUCGGACUAGGUGAGCAGCAUAAUGGUGGAUUCCUCCAGUACGAUGGAAAAGCUCUGCCCUGGUAGACGCAUUAUUGUUGAUACAACGAUUGUUGAGUUUCAUGCGUCUAUAGAUGUUAAAAUAGAAAUUUUAGCUAUCUGAAAUAAAUCCUUUAAAUUUGAAGCAAAAAA